AUGAAUAAAGUCAAACCUCGCGUGUUAUUACUUUGCUCUAUUAUUGCUAUUGGUAACAAUCGUUUGGAACAACUUGCACUUGAAAAAUGUCAAGCAAUAGAUUUGACUUGUAAUUACUUUCAAUUACAAGAUCAAUCACUUUUUCAACGACGAUUUUAUUCACAUGUCAUGCCUCGUAUCUUCAAUAAUAUUCAAUCAUUGACACUCUAUAUUCAACAUCUUCCGGAUAUUGUCACUUUUGCUGAAAAAAAUUCUGAUAGAAUUUUUCCAAAUUUGACACAUUUGAAAAUAAUGCUUUGUAAGCGAAAUCCUAAAACAUGGACAUCAUAUAUACUAGGUUUUGGUAUUUACAGUAUUUUUCGUCAUUGCCCUCUUGUCUCAACUGUACCUAAUUUAAUUCGAUUAACUGGGUCUUCUAGUGGUAAAAUCUUAUCUAGUUUUUGUUCUUCGACACUAAUACCUUCUAUAAUAUCAUUUGAACUUGAUGAUGACUGUGUUUUACCACAUGUAUCGAAUGAUUACUCUUUAUUCUUUCCUCAAUCAAUUCAACUGUCACAUAUCCAAAUAACAUUAUGUUAUGUUGAUGAUUGCAUUUGUUUACUAAAACAAUUGGGUCCACAACUCUAUUCAUUGAUUGUGAGCAUUGUAUAUGUUGAUGGUACAACAACUUGUAUUAUAUCUAAAAUACCAUUAAUUUUAUGUCCAAACUUAAAACAGUUGACAAUGAAAAUCUAUCGUAAUUUUGUUGAUUAUAAAAAAUGUAUUGUACCUCUUCUACAACGUUUGUCAAAUGUUGAAUAUUUAACAUUAUUAUUAGCUAUUGGUGAAACAGGUGGUACGCCUAAUCAUUUUAUUGAUGGAUAUGAUUUAGAGAAUGAUAUUAUUUCAUACAUGCCUCAUUUAUAUCAAUUUAAUUUUCACAUUCGUUCCAUAUUAGAGAACGCUCCGCAUAUUGAACUUGACACAAUUCGUCAAAGUUUUUUUCGACGACAACAACAGUCUGUUGAUUGUACAAUCGACUAUUUCAAUAAUAACUAUGGUCAAUGUCAAAUAUAUUCACUUCCAUUCAUUGGUACUCGUCUUGAAUUUAUUUCCAAUCGAUUUCCACUCUUUGAUACCACUAACACAUUCUGCAUGGUUACUAUGCUAUUACUUUUCGAUGAUAUCAAACCAUUCGAAAGUGUUUUCUUUGAACGUAUAGCUCAAGCUUUACCUCAUCUCAAAAUACUUGAAGUAUUUAAUAAACUUGAACAACAAGAGAAGAUAACAGCAACAACAAACAAUCUUAAGUUUACUCAUUUAACUACACUGAUUCUAUUUGAUAUUCAUAUGGACUAUGCUGAACAAUUACUUUGUCGAACUUGUCUUCCUUGUUUAAACGAACUUGCUAUUCGUAAUGAUAUACUGUUAGCAAUAAUCGCUCAAAAUCAACAUCAAACAAUAGAUAAUUGUUCUAGAGUAGAACGAUUACGAACCUCUGAACCAUUAUAUGACUCACUAAAUGUUCUUCGAAAUUAUUUUCCACCAGAUUCUUAUGUAAAACAUGAGAAAGAAACACAAACAACAUAA